CACUCCUGCCCAUCCUGGGCCGGCUUCUCGUUGGCACUGUCUGGGCUCGUCGGCAUCGUCACCUGGAAGCGGCCACUCACCCUGGUGAUCACCUUCUUCACGUUGCUGUCAGUGCUGGGCGUCAUGCUGAGCCUCGCUGGGUCCAUCCUGUCCUGCCAGAACGCGCAGCUGGUGAAGUCCCUGGAGGCCUGCGAGAGGGAGAGUGACUUGUGUGUCUGCUGCCAGACCCGCUCGGAGCCUCUGCCUGGCUCCUGCAGCCGGCAGAGUGAGAUGCUGACCAUGUUCCCCAACCCUGACUGCCGGAGCAUCCGCGUGGCGCUCAAGGAUCUCCUCUUCAGUGUCUGCGGCUUGACCGUCUUCUCCACCAUCAUCUGCACACUCUCUGCUGUUGUGUGCUGCAUCCAGAUCUUCUCCCUUGACAUCGUCCAUGUGCUGGUCCCCCAGCGCUCGAGCUCCAUGACGCUGGAAUGCACGUCCCCUCCUGACACCUUUCUGCAGAGCAUGAUGGACUUCGAGGAGUUCGUGCCCCCGGUGCCGCCACCCCCUUACUACCCACCUGAGUAUACCUGCAGCUCCGAGACUGAUGCGCAGAGUAUCACCUACAAUGGCUCCAUGGACAGCCCCGUGCCCCUCUACCCGACUGACUUCCCCCCCUCCUACGAGACC